UCGACAAUUCGACAAUUUGAACUUCAAGGUUCCAUUUAUUCUUCAUUACUACAACUCCUACCAAUUCAUCUCCGUGCUCGUACUCGCACUAUUUACGAGAUAUACCGAACCGGAUUUACGCACGGAUUUACGGACAGCUUGAAUAGCCCGAAUCAUGGCUCCAAGCAAAGAUCUUCGAAAUAGAAGUCGGAAUGACUACCCUUUCAUGUUAGAAUAUCGGACACGAUGGAAUGAUAAUGACAUGUACGAUCACAUGAACAACUCGGUCUACAACUUCCUCUUUGAUUCUGUAAUCAACUCUUACUUGAUGGACCAUUGCGGUCUGCAUCCGCCUACUUCAGCCCAGCACCCCUUGAUGGCCAGCACGCAUUGUGAUUACUUCGCGGCCAUCUCCUACCCCAAGGUAGCCGAACUUUGCUUGCGCGUAAACAAGCUGGGGAAAUCCAGUGUCGUUUACGAGAUCGCCUUGUUCGAGAAAGAUGUUGAACAAGUCAAGGCUAUUGGCGAGUUUGUUCACGUGUUCGUAGACCGAGAGACCCAACGGCCAAAUACCAACGGGAUGAAUACGCAAUUACGACAAGGACUACAAAAGUUGCUUGUGGAAUAUCCAGAUUCCAGCAAAUUGUAAUAAUAAUAAUGAUAACAAUCAUGGAUAUAUCAC